GAUACUCUCUCACUUCUUGAAAUCUUUGAACAAGCCACAAACCACCUUUCAGCAUCAUCAUAUCCAACUAUGGGUGAUGUUCAUCUUAUCUUUAAAAGCAUCCAGGUGUAUCUGCAAAAAGAAAUAGGAAGAGAAGGCUUCACACAGAGUGAAAUGGCGGCAUCAAUAUUUCAAAAAAUUGAAGAGUAUUGGCAAAUUAUGAAUA